AUGAUGUUGGGUUUUUCAGUGUUUUUUAUAUUGUUACUAUGCCAUCCUAUAACAGUGUCACAAGUGUCAAAACUUGAUCCAGAUUGUAAUUAUAAUAUUACACAAUUAAUUCAAAGUAAAGGUUAUCCAUGUGAUGAACAUAAAGUAAUUACAAAAGAUGGUUAUAUUCUUGGUGUUUUUCGUAUUCCACAUGGGCGAAACUCAUCCUUGUCAACAGGUCGACCUGUUCUUCUUCAACACGGUCUUCUCGAUGCUGCUACCACAUGGGUGAUGAAUUUUCCAGAUCAAAGUCUUGGUUAUAUUCUUGCUGAUGCUGGUUAUGAUGUUUGGCUUGGUAAUGUUCGUGGAAAUUAUUAUUCACGUGCUCAUGUUAAAUACAAUCCUGAUCAUGAUGAAGAAUUUUGGGAUUUUAGUUGGGAUGAGAUGGCAAAAGAUGACCUACCAUCAAUGAUUUAUUACAUAUUGAAUGUAACAAAAUAUACACAAAUUGGUUAUGUUGGCCAUUCACAAGGAACAUUAAUUGCUUUUGCUGAAUUUGGAAAUUUGAGUAAUGAUCUUCAAAAGAAUGUUAGUUUCUGGGCAGCUCUUGCACCAAUUGCUCAAAUAGGACAUCAAAAAACACCUUUAAGAUAUUUGGAUACUGACAGUAAAGAACUCGAACAUUAUUGGCACAAAUUAUUUGGUCGAAAUGAAUUUCUGCCAGCGUCACCUAUUCUGCAAUGGCUUGGAAAAUAUGCUUGUGGAGAAUUUUUCUUCGAUCGCUUAACUUGUGAAAAUUUGCUAUUCAUCAUCGGUGGACCAGAUAAAAAAAACUUGAAUAGUUCACGUAUACCUGUCUAUACAUCACAUGGACCAUCUGGAACAUCCGUAAAAAAUAUGGUUCAUUUCAUGCAAUGUGGAAGAUCAAAUCAAUUUCAGGCUUAUAAUUAUGGUUCACCGGAAAAAAAUCAACUGUAUUACAAUCAAACAACUCCACCACUAUAUUCUAUUCGUUCAAUGAAAGUGCCAACAGCAUUAUUCUGGGCAGGUGAAGAUUGGCUUGCUGAUCCGGUUGAUGCUACUUAUGUUUUUGAUAAUAUUCAAAAUUUAGUCUACGAAAAAUAUGUUCCUAAUUACAAUCAUUUCGAUUUUGUUUGGGCCAUAACAGCAAAUGCAAUCAUAUAUCAAGAUCUAAUCAAUGUCAUGCAAAAAUAUCAUCCAGUUUAA